AUGCUGGCCAUGCCGGAGGGGUACCUUAGGGAGGCUAACAUCAACAAGAGGCUGUACCCCAAGGAGAAGCGCGCACUGCUGGAGCGUCUCGCUUGGCCGCCGGCGACGGACCACGGCGGCUUCUUCCUCCCCGACGUCGACGCCGACGUCCUGGAGGAGAUCCUGGCCCGGCUCCCGCCCAACGCGCGGCGGCGCGCGCGCCUCGUGUGCCGGCUCUGGCGCGCCGCCGUGGACGAGCGCACUCCAACAAACCUCCGGAGCCGCGCCAGGCCGCUCGUCUUCGUCCGCGCACUCGUCCGCGCAGGCCAGGUGCGCGCCCGGAAGCCUCGGCGGGACACGUGGUGGCACUCGUCGGCGCACGUCGUCGACGGCCACGACGACACGCAGAGCCAAGGCCAAGGCGGCCCCAGGCGGGUCUGGUCCAGCAAAGACUAUCCCCUCGCCGCCAUGGGCAUGGUCGGCACUCGGAACGGCAUCCUCUGCCUCUGCCACAACGACAACGCCGUCGGCGACAAGCCCCCCCUUGCCGGGGACAUCACUCUCGUCAACCCCGUCACCCGCGACACGCUCGCGAUCCCGGGGCCAUCGCGUCAGCAUCAGGAUCCAACAUCUCUUGCGGCAGCUGCAGCUGCAGCUGCCGGGUCGCCUCGGUGGCACGAGACGUACAGCUUCGCCUACGACGAGGACACCGGGCAGUACAAGAUCCUGCAUAUCCCGUGCAGCAAUGGGCGAUUCGACGCGGUCAAGGUGUUCACUUUGGGAGACCCUCUGUCGCCGUCGUCGUGGCGGGACGUGCCGGCGCCGGCAGGAUCGAGCUGCAGCCUUGGCAACGGCCUGCUCAGCGUCGGCGGCGCGGCGUACUGGGUCACGGAGGAUCGGCGGAGCGUCAUGUCGUUUCACCUCUGGAAGGGAUGCUUCACGACCAAGCCGCUUCCGGGGCCGGACGAGAUGGGCUACAGCUUCCGCCUGGCCAUGGUGCUCGGGGGCCGCCUGGGCAUCGCCGUCGAUAUCUAUGCGAGGAAUACAGAGACUGGUCACCAAAGCUUGACAAAGGUAUGGGUGGCAGAGAGUGAAGGCUGGAGUGACUGUCAAGAUAUCCACGUGUAUGGGGUGGAGCAGCGGCCAACGAGGCCAGACUUCGCGCUUGGGGAGUACAUCCUGACGAACGAAGACCUGCUAACACAAUCUUACAUGCGCAUAAGCUGAAGAACGACAAGCAGAAGUUGAUUUCGAUAAAUAAGCAGAAGAGUGGCAGGGGAAUAUUUACCAAGCUCUCAACAGGCGACUACAAUCAAACGUUUGCCUAUGUCCAGACCCGAGCGCCGUUGAGCACUUACGAGUUUUCAGGUGCUUAGAAGGUUAUAUAUGAAGCCUCUCAGCCAGCCAAUCAUGCUCACGGUAGCCAGAAAUUGCAUCUCAGCCAAGCAUGCUCACGUUAACCUGAAAUUGGGAAUGCAGUCCAGCUUUUCUGCUCAAACUCGAUGGCUGGUUCCAUCUGGCAUCUCGGUGGACUAUAAUAUUCUUGUUUGCCUUUUUUUGUGUGUGUCUAUUUUACAUUUGUAUAGCCAACUUGUUUUUUUUUUCUUAAUCCCACGCCAUUUUCUUUGUGGUGGCUUAUAAACAUGUUUAGCGUACAAGCAAGA